CUGGAGGGCGGGGCCGGGCGCGGAGCAGGAGCAGAGCGCGGCUGCAGAGUGAGCAGCAAGCAGCGGAGAGACACAGCCCUCCGCCCCAGCCAGCCUCCGCGUGUUGUUCCCUCUGUCGGGAGAGCGCCAAUGCCCGGGCCGACCCAAACCUUGUCCCCAAAUGGCGAGAACAACAACGACAUCAUCCAGGAUAACGGGACCAUCAUUCCUUUCCGGAAGCAUACAGUGCGCGGGGAGCGGUCCUACAGUUGGGGAAUGGCGGUCAAUGUGUAUUCUACCUCGAUAACCCAGGAGACUAUGAGCAGGCAUGACAUCAUCGCAUGGGUUAAUGACAUCGUGUCUCUAAACUACACAAAAGUGGAACAGCUCUGUUCAGGAGCAGCCUAUUGCCAGUUCAUGGACAUGCUCUUCCCGGGCUGCAUUAGUUUGAAGAAGGUAAAAUUCCAAGCAAAGUUGGAGCAUGAGUAUAUUCACAAUUUUAAACUUCUGCAAGCAUCAUUUAAGCGGAUGAAUGUUGAUAAGGUAAUUCCAGUGGAGAAGCUGGUGAAAGGGCGUUUCCAAGACAACCUGGAUUUUAUUCAGUGGUUUAAGAAGUUCUACGAUGCUAACUAUGAUGGGAAGGAGUACGAUCCUGUCGAGGCACGACAAGGGCAAGAUGCAAUUCCUCCCCCUGACCCUGGCGAACAGAUCUUCAACCUGCCCAAGAAGUCUCACCAUGCAAACUCCCCCACAGCGGGUGCGGCCAAAUCAAGCCCAGCAGCUAAGCCGGGAUCCACACCUUCUCGCCCCUCAUCUGCCAAAAGGGCUUCAUCCAGUGGCUCAGCAUCCAGAUCUGACAAAGACUUGGAAACGCAGGUCAUACAGCUCAACGAGCAGGUACAUUCUUUGAAACUUGCCCUAGAAGGUGUGGAGAAGGAAAGGGACUUCUACUUCGGGAAGUUGAGAGAGAUUGAACUGCUGUGCCAAGAACAUGGGCAGGAAAACGAUGACCUCGUGCCGCGACUAAUGGAAGUGCUCUAUGCUUCAGACGAACAGGAGGUCCAAACAGAAGAGCCAGAAGCAGAAGAACAAGCCCACGACCAACAGCCCCAGCAGCAAGAAGAGUACUGAACCAUCUCAGCAGCUCUUGACGCUUCCAUCGUGUGUGCGGACUUUCUUCUGGAGAAUUGGAGCGUGUGUGGCCUGGAGCUUGGUAGAAACCAGCUGUUCCUAACCUGCCGUUACCAUCCACAGCGAAAUUGCAUCCGCCAGCCAUUGCACUUGGUUCCCAUUUCCUUUGCCAAGAUGCAUUAGCAGAUAGAUGGCCAUUCUGGUCACCUGCCUGCGGGGUCAUAGGGUCACAUACCUUCAACUUCACCACUUGGCUGCUUGAAAUUGGUUCUGCUCUUCCUCAUUUCUUUCCAGAACAACUCUUUCCCACCCCAACACCACCACCAUCACCACCACCGCUACCACCACCACCCCUUUUUAUCCUGGUGUGAAACAAUGGUAAUUUGGUAUAUGGUAUUUAUAUUGGCAUUUCUCAACCCAGUGUCACUAGAUGUCACACGCAUUUGUGGUGCUUUGAUGUUUGCGAGUCUAACCUGUCAUAAAUUUGGUCAGAUAAGUAAUUGGAACAAAGGGAAACAGAUACUUGAUAUGAAAGCCAUAUGACAGUAGCUUGUGUCAUGGGGGAAACACAGUUUCUCCCUCUACUCACAACACUAAAGGGAAAAAAAAUGGAUUCAAAACUAGGACUUCAGGGCCCAGCAGUGUUGAUAGAGCAGCAUAUUAGACAACCACAGUUGUUAGUUUUCAGCAUUCACUCAUGGACAACACCAUCUCAGCUUCGCCCUUGCUCUGCGUGCCCUCUCCUCCCUCCCCACUUCCCACACUCUCAUGUUAUUUUCUUUUCUCAGGGUCCUCUUUGGUGGGGGGUCCAUUCCCCAAAAGAUGUUGUCAUUGGCAAUCUGCAGUUGCAAAGGUGGGGAGGGUCUCAGAAGGCACAAGGCUCCCUGCCUCAUCCCUCUUCCUCCUCAUGAGUUCUUCAACCCAAGCCCCACAAUUCACAUUAGGGGAUCUAUAUUAAAGGGGAACUUGAGGGUAUACCCGACAUGCCAGCCUUCUGCAUUGGGUUGGUCUAGCUGUGAAGACUUGAUCGGUAGCAUGACUUCAGUGGAGAAGUGUGGCACUGCACAGAAACACCAGUGACUCCAUUACACUCUGCAGUAAGGACUCUCCCCACCUCUGCAACACAGGGGCCCUCCUUGUCAUGACAUUUGCUAAAACCAUGGCAAUUCAUAAAUAGGAAACAUUAAUGAACUGAAAGCAUUCCUUGUUAUUAACUAAUUAUUUGCACAUUUUCUUAGUGUCUUUCUUGGCCGUUGCCUGUCUUCCCCUUUUGACAGAUGGUGUCCCUCCUAGCUCCCUUCUUCCAUUUGGUUUUAAGUUUACUGUCACUGGUCAUUUGGCCAGCAAGUACAGAAAAACAAGAAACAAAUGUGCCCACCCCACCUUCCACUUAAAAA